AAAUCUCUUAUAAUCUUCACCCCAUGAGAAAAUGUAGGUUAGUAAAUGGCGGAACUGAGAUUUGAAUCUGUAUUUGAAUGAUCUCCAAAACCUGUGUUCUUUUUGUAAUGGUGUUCAUUUGGUAAUGGUGAAUAUUACAAUUAUUUUUACGAAAUGUGAUACUUGUAAUCCUGAAAACUAUCAAUUUUUUUUCUAGACUGUCCCGAAACUAAACUUAAGAAAGCAAAUGGCUGCUUUUCUGCGACCCAAGAAAGCAAAAUGUGGUCUUGUGAGCCAAGAAGAUAGACCUUUAUUUGCUGACAACAAUUUUGCAAGAGAAGAUAAGACUGAAACUCUCUGUAAACCAUCCGUCAAUGUCUCUGACUAUUCUCCUCUUGCUUUUGUAUCACCCGAAACUCCUCAAACGUCUUCAGCAAUGCUUGGUGUUACAAAGACUGUCCCGAAACUAAACUUAAGAAAGCAAAUGGCUGCUUUUCUGCGACCCAAGAAAGCAAAAUGUGGUCUUGUGAGCCAAGAAGAUAGACCUUUAUUUGCUGACAACAAUUUUGCAAGAGAAGAUAAGACUGAAACUCUCUGUAAACCAUCCGUCAAUGUCUCUGACUAUUCUCCUCUUGCUUUUGUAUCACCCGAAACUCCUCAAACGUCUUCAGCAAUGCUUGGUGUUACAAAGACUGGAAAAGAAAGGAAGCAGCACACGAGUAAUAAAAUGGAAGGAGCAGAAAACAUAUAUGAUGCUGCUGCUGCUGCUGCUGCUGCUCCUGCUCUUGGUACUGCUCUUGCUGUUGCUGCUGCUGCUGCUGCUGCUGCUCCUGCUGCUGGACUAAUUCAACAAAGAAAGACUGGAAAAACUGAUAACCACCUGUUUCCUACUACGCAGAAUGAAGAUUCUGAUAGUAAUGAUCCUGGUUUGUCUAUCAUGGAAAUAAAGAAAGAUAAAAAUGUAAAGUGGGCAUCAAAAGCAUCUGUGAUUACACCAGGCUUUGAGGAGGCCGAUUCCCUAACUGGUAGUCUACUACGAGUGAGUAAUGACAACAGUCUAAGUAAAAUGGAUCAGGAUGAAAGAAGACCUGCAAAGAAAACAUCUAAGGAAAAGAACAAGGUCAAAAAGCAAGUGAAUUCUGCGGAGCAUCUUGAUGACGAGCAUCUUGAUGACUUAACUCAGUCAUCUGAAACAGCUUCAGAGGAUUGCAAGUUGCAAUACUCUGAUUAUAAGAGUUCCCUGUUGCUCAUUGAACUUGGCAUGGAUUGUAAAGAUUCUGUUAGCGUAUUGACAAUCCAGAAUGCAAUUCUUAAAUACAAAAGAUCAAUAGAAUUAAAAAGAAAAGACUGUGAACAACUUACAAGAAAAAUUUUACAAGUGGAAUAUAAGGUCAAUGGACUAGAACAGUUGCUAUCAGAAACAAAAGAAAUGAAAUCUCAGUUAGAGCAUCAAAAAGUGGAAUGGGAACGAGAACUCUACAGUUUAAGAUUGACCUUAAAACAAGAAAAAGAAAAAAGAAGAAGUGCUGAAAUUUUAUAUAUAAAUAUUAAGGAGCAAUUAAGAAGUAAAGAAGAGCUGAGUGAAGUUUCUCCUCCUCAUGAAAAAGAAAAAGGUCUGUUACAUGAAAACCGCAUGUUGCAAGAUGAACUUGCCAUGCUAAGACUGGAAAUAGACACAAUAAGGAAUCAGAAGCAGGAAAAGAGGUAUUGUGAAGACACUGAAACUGAAAAAGAAAAGAAUGACAGUCUUCAAAACGCCAUAAAACUGAAUGAGGAUGAAAAGCUAAACAGAGAAAGACUGGAAGCAAAACUUCAAUCAUACCGAGCUAGAGUCGCUACAGCUAUACAGGAUCGUGAUCAAAGUCAGGCAUCAAAAAGAGACCUAGAACUUGCUUUCCAGAGAGCAAAAGAUGAGUGGUGUCAUUUACAGGACAAAAUGAACUUUGAGAUGUCUAACCUAAAAGAUAACAAUGAGGUGCUUUCUCAGCAACUUUCUGAAGUCGAAAGUAAACUUAAUGCCCUAGAAAUUGAGCUGCAGUAUACAAGAGAUGCUCUCAGAGAAAAGACGUUGGCUUUAGAACAUUUACAAAGAAACCCAAAACAAACACAGGGUCAGAAGAAGGAAAUUGAGCAGAAAUCUCAAAACGAACAAGGUAAAGUGAAUGAAUACAUGGGAAAGCAUGAAUCCUUAGAAGAGAAAUUAUCUCAACUACAAAGUGAAAAUAUGUUGCUCCGAGAGCAACUAGAUGAUGCCUACAGCAGAGUGGAAUGUAAAGAAAAGACUAUAAUUUAUCUCAAAGACCAGGUUCAGGUUAUUGUAAGAAUGGUUCGAGUUGCAGGUGAAAAACGAGCUCUUCAACUGCGAGAAAGAAAUAAGGAGUUAAUCAAUAAAUGUAAACAGAUAAUGGAAAGAGCAUUUAGAUAUGAAGAUGAGAAAGAAGAAAGAGAACGACAAGAAGCAAAGGAGUUACAAACAAAGGUUGUAAGGUGCGUUCAGAAGUUCAGAGAUGACAUAAAAAAGCUUGAAGUUGAAAAUGCCGAGUUAAAAGUUACAGUCAAGGAGCAAGCAGGCCAAAUUGAACAGCUUCAGAAAGACCUGUUAAGUUCAAGUUCGUUCAGGUUGGAUCAAGAAGUGAAGAAAAAUGAGGAAUUGGAAAAAGAGAAUACUGGGUAA